ACAUCACAAAAGGAUGAAACCGUGUUCGUCGAUGACUUUUUAAAGCGAACUCUUGUAAAACGGUUCUUUGACUCUGGACUUUUUCCUUCUUGAAGACUCGAGACGACCGUGUACGCGGAAGAGCUUCUGGUGCUACAAUGGCAUAUGUUGAGAGAGGUGUUGUUAAGCCCAAGCGAUCUCUAUGGCGAUUGAAAACCAUUACUGAUUUCUUCUGGGCCAUUGUCAAUUUGAUUGCAACAUUCUUCACGACUAUGUUCUCAAUUGAAAAAUCAGAAGCAUACAAGAAAAGCUCAGGUGCGAGCAAGAAAUGGGAUGGUGGUGGUCCUGGAGGACCUGGAAGUGGUCCAUAUGGCGGCGGGCCAGGUGGGCCACGGCGACCACCCCGUGGAUUGGACAAUGUCCGAGGCAUUGACCAUAGUUCACUUCCAGCUUGUGGCUCAUGCUGCGGCGGCUAAGAACCUCGACAUGUUUGAAAUUUUUCACACCUUAGUUUUUCUGCGUGAUGCUUUAAAGCUAGUUUAAUAUUUUGAUGUGAAGAAGCUUAAAACGAAAUUGAAGAUGUUGAUAUGAACACCUCUUUUGUUGUUUAUAAGCUCCGAGUUAUGGGAAA